CGUCAAAACACGAAAAUACGUUUAGAGUGACAUUGUAUUUGUAUAAAUUUAAUUAAACAAAAUUUUUAAUUCGACUAAUUGAAAAAUUUAGUAAAUAAAUUUGAGUACAAAGAAAUCAGAAAAUAUGGUUUACAUAUCGGAUGAUGGUAAGGUUUUGGACACAACUCCACUACAUUUAAAAGUAUUCAGAUUCUUCACUGGUAUAAUUUAUAUGGUUGUUAUGUUUUUCAGAACAUUGAUCAAUCCAGAUAUGAACAAACAUGGAAGUGAAUAUACAAGAGAUUAUAGACCUGGAUCUGGGCCACCACGUCCACCAACACGCAGAUUAGGGAGACCUAACACAGGAAAUACUAUAAAUGUUCCAUUUGGAGGAUGUAGAAGUUGUGCUAGAUAAAUGAACAUUCAGGAAACAUGAGAAUACAUACAAUUUUUAUAUAAUUACCAUAACACUAUAAUUAUUAUUAUAUUAAAACAAAAUUAAUGAGUUAUUGGAUUACAAAACAUGGAAGUUACCUAGUGAAUGAGUAAUCAAAUUUAUUCCGAAUAAUUUUAUUAAACAUAUUACACUAACUUCACGUUAAAAAUGUUACAAAUCAUUAUAAAUAUAUUACAUAUUAUAUACUGACUAUAAAAGAAGUGAUCUUGUUAUAGCAAAUGAACCUAUAUGUACAUAAUGUAUUGACAUAAUUUAACAAACAUGAUGAUAAUUUUUAUAUAUUUUCAGCAAUAUGUAAGUGUAAUAGCUGCAACAGUACCAGAUGAAUAUUUAAAUGAAUCUCUACCAUUAUAACACUAGGAUAGUAAUAUAAAAUUGUUAUUACUA